GAAAGACUUGGUAGAAAUUCCUGUGACUGGAAUGUAACGAAUUGGUAGUUGUAUUUCAUUAUGCACAAAGCAAAUAAUAACUGGCCUUGCAAGUGCCACACUGUUAUUUAUACCAGUCUUCCCAGCAUAGCGGUUAUUAGGAAACAUGCAGUUGCUGAGGCUGCGUACACACAGAACACACUACGUGGCAUAAAACGUGACUUCUGCGCAGGGUUUCAGUUUGAUGUGUCCCACUUGGAGCAGGCAGUGGUGGAGCAUUGCUUAUAAGGGGAAAUGCAGCAAGAGGAACUCUGAGCUCUGAUCUUCUGUUAUCAGGACAGCCCCAGCUCAUCCCCACUCCUUAUCAGUCCUCGCAGAGCUCUCCUCUGCCAUGCUGAGCCUUCAUAAAGCCUGCCUUUUUUGUGGUAUUGGGGCCAGUCCCACUGGCUUACGUUUUUAUGUAAAGAAGCACUUUGAUAAAUGCUGUUACCUAUGCGAACAAAGCAGGCCUAGUUGUGACAGGAACACUGAAGAGAGACAAUGUUGGACCUCAUUAUUCUGAGCAUUCAUUUCUUCAUCUGCUUUCUCAUCUCUGUUGUAAUCUGGUGUGGAUCUAAGGAUGUGGUUUUGCAUAGCUCAAGCAAGGGAACAGUUGAAAUGGAGCCAGAUGGUCUUGUACUAGUUGGAAAAGAAGAUGACAUAAAAAACUCCCAAAGAAUAACUGCCAAAGUCAAUGGCAGAGAAGUUGUUGUUUUCUACCAUGAAGGGAAAUUUCAUGCUUUGGACUCUCGCUGCUACCAUGAAGGAGGCCCUUUAAAUCUUGGAGAAAUAGAGGAUAUCGAUGGUCAACCAUGUAUUGUUUGUCCUUGGCAUAAGUAUGUAAUUACUUUGGAAACAGGAGAAGGAUUAUAUGAAGGAAUAAACCCUUUGGAGCCAUCACCAACACCUCGGUGGCAGUCAAAAGGAGUAAAACAAAGGAUUCACAAAGUUACAGUAAACAAUGGCAACGUUUAUGUGAGUCCUCCAGAUUUGUCUGUAAGCUUUGACUCUGAUUAUUUUGCUGACAAGUACAAAAAUAAUGGUGAUUUAGCUGUGAAAAAAAAGAGCAACUCACAGGCAGCAGAGUAAAUUGUGGCUAGAAAGCAAAAUGCUGGUGAACGUCCCUAUGAAGAAUCAUUAAAUGAAA